AUGGCUUCAGUCGUUGCGCGCACCCGGCCGCGAUGGGCACCAACCAUCUGUGAAGCUUGCUUGGGCCAUUUGGAAGCGCUGCGCAGACCCGUGCCCGGCUCGGUUCGUUUCUUUUCUGCCGCGAACCGGAUAACAUCAAGCCGCCAACACCUCGAUCGCGAACACGCUACCUCCCAAAUCCCAAGACAACGUGCCAGCUUCAGCAACGCACAAACGAAGUCACGAAGAUACAACUCAACCCAGAAUGCACCGCCUACGCCUGAAGCUCCGUUCCUCGCCUGCGCGCCACCUCGGCUCGGGGCAUCACCUGGACCAGGAUGCGCCAGACUCACGAACCGACGCCUGGUAGCCCUCGCCGGUCCCGAUGCAGCCAAGUUUCUUCAAGGGCUCGUAACGAACAACGUUGAUCCGUCCAGGGAAACGCCCUUCUACGCAGCAUUCCUGGAUGCGCGGGGUAGAAUGCUGUGGGACGUUUUCAUCUGGACUUUCCCAGAACUGAAAGAGCAGCAAGGCAUGGCAGGAGGCGAUUGGGCGUGCUAUGUAGAGGUAGAUGCGGAUGAAGUUGAGUCGUUGCUUAAGCAUCUCAAGCGGCACAAGCUCAGAAGCAAGAUCACCAUCAAAGUUGUCGAAGAGAAUCCAGACAAGGAAGAUGGUACCGGGGGUUUGCAGGUGUGGGCUGACUGGGGUUCUAAAGGAGUGAUCGGCGACGACUUCCACCAGAUCAUCGUGACCUUCGAAGACCCGCGGUUUGUCAGCAACGGAAUGACGAUGCGUCGCUCGCUGAUCCGGCCCCUCGGAACAUCAUCACCUAUGCCGGUACCCGAGGACGCAUUACUUAGGGAAUAUACUCGGUUGCGGUACAACUACGGCAUUCCUGAAGGCCAGCAGGAGAUACCGCGGGAGAGUGCGCUGCCCAUGGAAUACAACGUCGAUCUAAGCCAGGGCAUCGACUUCAAGAAAGGGUGCUAUGUCGGCCAGGAACUCACCAUUCGCACAAAACAUACUGGUGUCGUGCGAAAGCGCGUCCUCCCCAUUGAGCUCUCCAAUGCUGACGCACGACAUGGCAACCCAGACUCCCAUUCGCAGAUCCCUACGUACAACGAGGACAGCUUGAAUUUGGACCCUGCGCAUUUUGACAGCGCGGACAUUAAACAGUUGGAUCGAGACGGCAACGUCAAGAGGGGCCGAGCUGCCGGCAAGCUGGUCAGUACAUGUGGAAAUGUUGGGCUUGCGCUGUGCAGGCUGGAGAUGAUGACCAGUAUGAAGAUGAGUGCCGAGGGAGGGAGUUGGAAGCCCGGUAUGGAAUUCGGUGUCGCAGAUAGGAAUGGCAAUGUUGUGAAGGUUAAGCCGUUCGUGCAGGAUGAGUGGGUGACGAAGGUUAGGGACAUCUGGGAUAAGCAGAGGACGAGGAUAUAA